AUGGAUGGGGACAUAGAUAAAAGAGGAUUGAGAGGAACCAAAAACAAGAAAUGUGGUAUCAAGCGCAAAGAUACAAAUGGUACACAUAAUGGUGGUAAUGUAGAUAAGUAUGAAGCAAUGAAUGAAAUAGAAAUGAAAGAGGAUGAUGGCUUGGAUAAGGUAACGAGGAAUGGAAGAAGCGAAGGAAAGUUAAUGCAGAUUAGAACAAGAGAUGAAUCAAUUAUGGAAAGUAGAACAGGAUAUGAAUCAAGUAUAGAGUGUAGAGUAAGAGAUGAAUCAAUUAUGGAUGAGAUAAUGUGUAAGGAACAUGGAAUAAAAGAUGUAACUGAAGAUGGGAUUGAGUCGCUGUUAUUGAGUGAUGUGAUGGGAGUGGCUGAUGUAGAAUUACCGAUGAAUAGUGUUGGUAAGAUAAUAUGGUUUUUUGAGUCUGGAGGAGGGAGAGCAAAUGGAUUUGUAAGGAUUGAAGGGAUGCGAAAGAAACACAGAUUGAAAACGAAGGGAGCAAGGAAAGGAAGACUUAAGAGAGAAGGAAUGGAAUCUACAGAGGAGAAGAGAAGGAUUGAUGAUGAGUGUGUAGUACUAAAUGACGAUGAAAUGAAGUGUAACGAUGCAAAUGACAGCAGAUACAAGUAUUUUUUACAUCGAGUGUUUCCUAUGCACCAGAAAGACGAUGAACAAGUGAUGAAGUAUGCAAUGGAUCAAAGGAUGAUGCUAAUGAAGAGGGCUAAAACGAAUGCAGCGGAGAUUCCUGAGGUAGAGAUAGAAAAGAGGAAGAGCAGUAAAAUAAAUGAAUGCAUGAAUGGGAAAGACAGAUAUAUGGGAAUGAAAGUGAUUAAUGAAAUUCCAGAGAUAUGCAGAGUGGAAUGGAAUGAAGGAGAGGAGAAAGUGAUUGAGAAUGUAGUCUUGAGGUACAGAAGUGAUUUUAAGAAGAUACGGGAGGAAGUGCCUGGAAUUGAUGUCGGAAAGUGUGUGUUGAAGUACUAUUUGAUUAAGAACAAGACACAUGCAUAUAUGAAGCACAAGCCUGGAAGGAUGUCUGACCAUGAGAUCAAGCUGGUAGUGGAAGAUGAGUGGACUGAGCAUGAGAAGGAAAUAUUUGCAGAACACAUGAAAAUGUAUGGACGAAACUGGGGAAAGUAUCAGGAAUUGAUGAACAAGAGUGAGAAAAAUCUGAAGAUGUUUUUUAGGUACUACAUGAAGUUUGUGAUACCUGAUAAGAAAGAAGAGACUGAUAAGGAAGUGGUGAAAUUGAAGAUGAAGAUAAAGAAGCCUGUUGAGAUUGAAGGGAUUAUGAAGAGGUGGAGCAUUGAUGAGAGGCAGCUUUUUGCAAUAUACUUUCCGUAUUACAGUAGAAACUGGAUACUGAUGGCGACAUACUUUCCUCAGAAGACACCUGGGGAUCUUAAGCAGUAUUACAGUAAGUAUUUUAAGGGAUUGAGUUAUAACGAGCAGAGGUUAGAAGCGAGUCUGUAUGAUUUUGGAAGACAAAUGACGACACCGCCUGCAAUGCUUUGUAGAAGACGAGGAACGCAGGAAGAGUUUUGCGACAGUGCCGGGAUUUUAUUUAAGCGAUGA